AUGAGAAGAGCAUGGUUUCUUAUAGACAAUGGGGUUGGUCAUGAUAAAGUAUCCCAAUCAACGGUAACCAGUGGCGAAACGUGUAAAAGAUGCAGGUCCUCGGUAAACAAGUUGACCACAAUAGCAGGACAUGUGCCUGUAGAGUGUGUGGCGUAUGACAAUCAUGACAAUUACAAUAACCUUACAAAAAUAUAUGGUCAAAUGGAAUUUAAGGAGCCUCAUAUUUCUUUAAAUGCUGCAUAUGCAGUGUAA